AUGCUGAUGGAUGAAAAAUGGAAUAAUUACAAGGUGCAAAGUUUCGCAGAUGGAGGAACUAUGGCGCACCCAAGCUAUAAAAGAAAAAACAUGGAGAUAAAAGAAAAGGAAGUGCUGGAUGCAAUUAUGUCUUAUGAUGGUGAUAAAACUCCAAGUCCAGAUGGCUUUAAUAUGAAUUUUAUGAAAAGAAAGUGGAGUCUCUUCAAGUUGAAAAUGAUGGAGUUUUUCCAAAAGUUCUUCAACACGAGAAAGCUCACAAAAAGGAUCAACAGCUCUUUUAUAACUUUGGUAGCAAAGAAACACUUUGCAAAAUCUCUAAACGACUUUCGACUAAUAUCAUUAAUAGAGAGCAUCUACAAAAUUUUGACAAAAACUUUAGCAAAUAGAUUGAAACAAGUAGUGGGUUCUCUCAUUAGCCAGACUCAAUCCGCCUUUGUGGAAGGCCGCCAAAUUAUAGAUAGCAUCCUUAUUGCAAAUGAGGUUAUUGAUAACCUCAAAAAAUCAGUGAAUAGAGGUCUAGUGCUCAAGUUAGAUUUUGAGAAAGCUUUUGAUAAGGUCAACUGA